AUGAGUGAAACGUCUCUAAAAGUUGUCGUUCCAUUGAGCAUUUUAUCUGUAUGCGUUGUGGUGGCAAACACGCUAGUAUGUGUACUGGUGUACAAGAUCAAAUCGAUGAGGAAUUAUACCAAUGGGUUUGUGGUAUCUUUAGCGAUCUCUGAUAUACUGACAGGUGUUGCGUUUCUUCUGCAAUACAACGUUGAACUACACGUCUGGUCUCGUGCUACUUUAAAUGUUCUAUAUUCUAUUGUACUUUUUGUUGGAGCGACAAACCUUUGUGCGGUGACCUUCGACAGAUAUUUGGCGAUAUCAUAUCCAUUUUCCUACGCUGAGACAAUUGCGAAAGUUUUUAAGAUCUUAGUGCCAUCGAUUUGGGUUUUGUCAGUAGUGAUCGCAUGUAUACCACUAACGUGGGAAGGAGAUACGAAACUUGUCAACACGAGGAUUUACAUCUGCGUUGUCCUGGCCGUUUGCAUAGUUUUUCCUUAUAUCUUAAUAGUCUAUGCAAAUUUCAAGAUCUUUCGAUUUGUUAGGCAAUGUGUUCGACGUGAACGAGAACUAAGCAUCUCUUCAAGCAGCAUGAAAUCACGUCUUAAGCAGAAUGGUGUGAGGAAAGUCUCAUCGGAAGCCAAGGUUGCAAGAGUCUUUGCAAUUGCGUCCCUAAUGUUUGUGUUGAGCUACUUUCCAACUUUGUUUUAUACUGUAGCAGCAACAUUUGGGUACAUAUACAUUGUUCCAGAUCUUUUAUUGCAGUUCUCUCCCUUCUGUGUAGUACUAGGGUCUCUUGUGAAUCCAGUACUGUAUUCCUUCAUGAAACCCGAUUUUCGGCGAGCAGUUAAUAAAAUUUUGAGCGGAAAGCGAGCUUUUCUGGACAUGAGAAAAUCUCAAAGAUCAUCGGUGCCGAGCAUUGGCGAGUACAGAACGCCUUUCAUGUCAAAAACCAAAGAUCUAUCGCCAGGAGAUGAUGAUGUUUUCACUGCGGAGCAUAAUAACAAUCCUUUUGAAAGCAGAGUCUAA